AUGAGUAAGAGACGCCUGUAUUCCGAACCGGCAUUACAGGUUCCUUCGAUGAGGGAAAGGAGAAUCAUAUCACUCUUCAUUCCAAAAGAUUUCUCUUAUGAAGAUACUGACGACGAUGACUUAAUGAGACUCCUGGAAGAUACUGUCAAAGAAAAUCAAACACUACUACAAGAAAACUUACUCUACCAUCAAUUUCUGGCACGUGUCGGUCAUUUGCAUCGUAAACUUGACAACAACGAUACUUUUGAAGAAGAGGAAGAAAUACAUGCUAAUCCUCCGCUUCUUUUGUCGAUAUCUGUUACUGAACAAAUGCGUAUUGCAGAAUAUGAAUGUGAUCAGUCAAGACGAGAUGUCGAAAAAAAGAUGUUGUAUCAUUUAUGGAGCAUAGACGAAAUGAUGUAUUUGGACAAACUAUUCGACGGAGAUAUUAAUAGUCAAAUAGCAAUGAUACGAGAAGUAGAAAAGCGUGUCAAUUUAUACAAAUUAAGAAUGGGUGAACCAGGCUUUAAUCCUAAUUUUAAAUUUUCUGGAGAGUUAGUCUUAGAUCAAAUUAAAAAACGUAUUCAUUCUCUUAUAAGUCUUAUUGGUAGAUUUAAGAUAAACUCCGCCGGUAUUAAACAUCGCAUUAAAUCAACAGACGAACGUAUUCGUUUAGUUGAUAAAUUACGAGAGACAACGGAUGAUGUUGAUGUACAAAUGGCUCACAAAAAAAAAUUGGACUUUAAGAACAAGGCUGAUAAUCUUCAUCGAAAACUCAUUGUUAGUAAAGCUCAUGUAUUCCUUCGUGUUCGAUGUCUUCAGAAAGCACGAGAAAAUCUUGAAAGCGAAACUUUGUUAUUAGAAGAAAUUAAAGAAAAAUGGUCAAAAAAUGAUAAAUUGAUUAAAAUGUAUAAAACAGAAAUCGAUCAAAUAACUCGUGAAAGCAUUGAUGUUCAACAAGAAAAUGAUUCACUUCGACGUAAUUUAUCAGAAAUAAAAAUCUCAUCAUCAAUUAUGAAUUACGUCAAACUAGUUCAACAUUUGAAAGAAAUAAAACAUGAAGCUGAUAUUUAUACAAAACGCGUUCAAAUUGGUGAAGUAAGCCGCACGAUACAGAAAUAA